CUAGUACUUAAAAAGUGGUGGACGUGUUGCAGGCGGUGAAAUUGGAGAAAAGUUUAUUAAUAUGUUAGUUUGAUUUCCUUUCUUUCAAAGCAUAAACCAGACCUACAUAUAAAAACCUUGGGUAAAUAAAAAUUGAGAAAAUUCGUAUUGAGUUAUCCAAAUCCUUAUAGGUUUGGAAUAAACUAGCCGUCUUUCAUCCGAGUUUGGUAAAUCAGUGGUAGAUUGCUUUAAAUUUCUUGUACAUAUAUACAGAUACACACUUCUAAAUUAUUAAUGAAAAAGUACGUAUUAUUAUUUAUCUCAUGUACGUUUAACUAAAAGUUGUAAUUUAAUUCAAAAAGAGGAAACGGGAUCAAAUUUGUCAGCAUAGGAUUUAUAUUCCGUUUCGUUAAGUAUGGUGGUAUACGUGUAACCCUACAUAUGACAUAUCGUCGGACUAACUCUAAAACCACGAAAGGUAAAGGAUUCCCCGCACCAGCCCGAAAUACAAAUAUAUUUAAUUUCAUAUCAAGCCAAAAGGUCACAGAAAUUAAGAAAGUCGGGGUGAUGGGGGUGAUACUUUAUAUAAAUGGGGACCCAAGGUUUGUAAAUCUACACCCAGCAGUAUCAACGACAAUGGAUAAAGUAACUGCUCUGAACGGCAAAAUUGCAAAUUUUUCAAAGGUUUCGCCAUUUCUAAUGGAUUUGACAUUUACUGAUAGUAUAAUUGUGUCAUUUAUGAUGGAAACUAUUAAUUUUUAAGUUAAAUUGAGAAAUUUACUAGACAAAUAUUAGUUUACAUUUCAAUUGCAGAUUUUGA